AUGCUCUCUCGACUUCUCACUCGCGGGGCCUCUCUCCGAGCUACUACAGCCAGCCUCGGUCGCCUCUAUACCACAACUCGACUACUUCACACCACCGCUCCUCGAUUCGCUGCCAAGGUAUCCCCGGCAGAGGUCACUUCCAUUCUCGAGGAGCGUAUCGCUGGUUUCAAGGACCACAAGGACGUGGACGAGGUCGGCCUGGUCCUGUCAGUCGCUGAUGGCAUUGCUCGUAUCUACGGCCUUAACAACGUCCAAGCUGGUGAAAUGGUUGAGUUCUCCUGCGGUUUGAAGGGCAUGGCUUUGAACUUGGAAACCGACAAUGUUGGUGUUGUGGUAUUCGGUGAGGAUCGCAACAUCCUCGAGGGUGACAGCGUUAAGCGCACUAAGGCUAUUGUGGACGUCCCUGUCGGCAAGGAGCUCCUUGGCAGAGUUGUCGACGGUCUCGGUAACCCCAUCGAUGAUAUGGGUCCUAUCAAUGCCAAACUCCGUACUCGUGUCGAAGUGAAGGCCCCUGGCAUCAUCCCACGCCAAUCUGUGAGUGAGCCUAUGAGCACUGGUCUCAAGGCUGUGGACUCCCUAAUUCCCAUCGGCCGUGGGCAGCGUGAGCUUAUCAUUGGUGAUCGCCAAACCGGGAAGACUGCCAUCGCUGUUGAUACCAUCCUGAACCAGAAACAAGUGAAUGAGAACCCCGACCCUACCAAACAUCUGUACUGCGUGUAUGUCGCUAUCGGGCAGAAGCGCUCGACUGUGGCGCAAAUCGUCGAAAUCCUGAGGAAAUUCGG